AUGUCCCCCUCUCUAUCUCAAUUCACCACUCACCCAAGAUCACUGCCGCCAGGGCCCUCUCAAGGCUGCCAUUCAGUCGGAUUUUCGCCUGGAAAAUCCCCUCCAACCGCCCUAAUACGAAUAGAGAACAACAACACCACCUUUGAAAAUUGCUGCUCUACUAUUCAUGAUAACUACUCCCCGGAUAACUCAAUUCAAUCGCUUCCUCGUAACAUUACAUCUCCUGGUAUAAGCAAGUCAACAUCGUUGCGCUUUAUGCCUUACAAGAAACCUAGUGCUGCUGCUGCUGCAAAGGCCAAGGAAAAUGAUCAAGAUCUCGCUCUGUUUGGUCCUGUGCCCUCAGCGGAUUCGUUUUCCUUGGCUUUCACCUCGGCUGCAACAUCUGGUCCUGUUACACCACCUCCACCUAUUACUCGUGAAGGUGAUUUGACAGAGCUUGUGCUGGAUGAUGAGAUGGUAUUCCAAGAACUUGAUUGUAUCACUAAUUCUCUGCACCUUCCCUACUCUCCACCUCUAUCUCCUACUAUUACUACUACCUCUAAUUCCUCCUCCUCUCUCGAUGAUGAUCUCAUGGGCGAUGAUUUCAUUCUUUUUCCCUGA